AUGCCAAGAAAGCGACGAGCCCAGAGGCUAGUGAUGUCAGAUGCACCGAAAGAUGGCAAUAUCAUGGCGGCAUGGGCUAGCAUCGUCAUCGAUAUGGCGGUGUGUUCUGACGGGCCAAUGCCAAUGCAUGCACCCUCAGAACUGUUCCUUGGUGGUGGGGAAAAGGGCGCUCGGCUUCAUGUGCCGCUAUUUCUAGUUUCUCCGCAGCUGCACCCAUAA